AUGACCCCACUCGAGAUCAUCGGCCUCGUCAGUGCCAUCAUAACCUUCAUCGACUUCGCGGCCGAGAAUGUUACGGUGGCACGGGAGAUUGAGCGGACUGGGUCCGCGACGUUCAAAGACAACGCUGAUCUGGAGCGUCGAGUCAAACUUGUCGAGGAACACGUCGCGGGUCUCAAUACGAAGGGUGUUGGUGCAGCGAGAGACAAGGAUGAAGCUCAGAUGCUGGAUCUCGUUGAGGAGUACAAGAGCCUCACAGUUCAACUGAUGACCCUCUUGGCUGGGCUCAAGUCGACCAAAAAGCGCCACAUUCUAUCGAAGAUGGUCAAGGACUUCCGGAAGAAGGAUGAAAAGGAGACACUCCAGAAACAGUCGGAACUGAGUCGCCGUCUCGAUGAGAUUUCGGCCCAAGGACACAUCAACGCGACUAAAAUGCAGCAUUUGGGCAAAAACAUCAAGGAACUGCAAUCCAACGUUGAGCUGUGGAAACAAAUCCCGGGUCUGGUGGAAACUGCCAACGAUAUCCUGUCUCGCUCGAAGGAGGCUGUCGAAGGCACUGCCCAACGUCUGAUUUUGGAGAAGCUCUUUGUCGGAGACAUGACGAGGAGGUUCGAUGAGAUUGAACGCGCCCACGAAAAGACAUUCUCCUGGCUUUUGGACUCGGAUAUACCGUCCACAAGCGAGUCCGAUUCGAUCGAUGGGUUCGACUUCAGCCACAGCGAUGGAUCAACCCAUGUGCCUCGAGUGGACAAUGAGUCACCGAAAAAAAACGGCCAGAACUCCGAUCAGUAUGAGACACCGGGUUCUGUUGCAAGAUCGGACGGCUUUCUCGAUGAGGGAUCUGGUUUUGAGCCACAGAUGUCCUUGGGGCGAACCCCUAAAGAGCUCCAAGCACAACAAGGUCUGAUAGACUGGUUGUCUCAUGGUGGAGGCAUCUUCCAUAUCUCAGGCAAACCUGGUGCCGGAAAGUCGACACUUAUGAAGUACCUCUGCCAAAGUACAGCUGCAGAAUCCUAUCUCAAAGACUGGGCUGGAGACAAGACGCUGAUUUCGGCACACUUCUUCUUCUGGAAGCUUGGGUCCACAGCUCAAAAGUCAUUAGAUGGGCUGCUUCGGGCGCUUGUAUACUCUAUUCUGGAGAAAGCCCCGGCUCUUCUCGAGACCGUUUUCCCAGAGCAGUGGAGUAACGCUUCUCAAGGAAGAGCAUUUUCAAUCCAGAGCUCCGAGAUCGAGUCCGCCUUCUCGAGUCUUCUGCGACAAAUGGCGUUCUUCUCCUCACACAAGAUUGCAAUCUUCAUCGACGGCCUGGAUGAAUUUGAUGGAGACCACGAGAAGAUGAUAAAGAUGAUUCGCAGCUGGGCUGAGAGUGUCCCAGAAGAUAUCAAACUGUGUGUUUCAAGCCGCGAAUGGGAGGUCUUUCGACAAAGGCUGAUCAACCUCCCCGGAAUUCGCCUCCAGGACGUUACGAGCCGAGAUAUUGAAGCAACUCAUACAUCGGAUCAGUGA